CCUUUAACGGAGGUUACUGUCCGGAUGGCUCCAGUAGUUUGUGCUUUGCCUCUAAUGAAGUCGCCGGAAAGGUAAGCCGCGACCUUGUUUCCGCCUUUCCUCGAGCGCCUCGCGGGUCGGAUGUCGUAAGGCGGCAGCUGUGCAGCACAGUGCGGCGACUGCGCGCCGGCGCGCGUCGCGGUCGAUACGUCAGCAGCUGGGGAGUGGAGGGGCGCUGAGCGGCGCAGAGCCAGUGCGGACGUCCGCGCGAAAAGUUCGCCAGCUGAGCACGACGGCGACCGACGGCGGCGCGCGAGAGCAACACGCAGCAGCAGCAGCAGCCGGCAGGGACGCCGCACCGAACGACGCGGAAACUGCGACUCGGCUCAGAGAGUAUGUCGCCCGAGCCGGACCAGGCGGUGCCCGCGGACGUCGGCGAAGUGAGCGCCAGCGCCAAUGGCAGGGCGGAGACGGGGUGUGCCGGCGCGGACCUCGAAGCAGAUGCUGACGCCUACUUGCGCCUACUCCUGCGGGAGGGCGUCGACGUACCGGCCCACACGCAGGGUCCGCCUCCAACGGAGCCGCCCCCGUGGCUGGACGAAGAGAAGUUCCGGCUUGGGCAGCGCUUCGCCACGGAGCACCUGUUCGGCCUGGCCUACUCCGAGAUGUUGUCUCUCAUCAUCCUCUUCUCCUUCCCGUCGUCGCUGGAGCCGCUCAUCUUCACUGGGAACUCCGACACGCCCUUUAAGGCGUUCAAGCGCUACCUGUCAACAGGCAUCAGGGUCCUGGCGUGGUUCGAGGGCGAUGUAUGGGGCGGCGGGGGCGGCGGCGAGGCUCGGCGGCAAGUGGGGACUGUGCGCGCCAUGCACGAGGCGGUGCAGCGACGCCUGGGGGCGACGCCGGCGCCGGAGCGCGAGCGUCGCAGCCACGUGGCCGGCCCGCUGUGGGCGCCGCUCACCACUGCCGGCAUGCUGGGAGGCGGCGCCGGGGGCAGCGGGGGUGGCUGCCCCUGUCUGAGGGCCGGCGUCGACGUCAACCAGACGGAGAUGGCGCUGACUCAGUUUGGCUUCGUGGGCCUGAUGCUGCUGCAUCCGGACCGGCUAGGUGCACCAGAUGCCAGCGAACGAGACCUGGAGGGCUUCGCGCACAUGUGGCGCGGCCUGGGCUACCUUCUGGGCAUCGAGGAUCGCUUCAACCUGUGCUCCGGCGACCUAAACAGUGUCCGCCGCCGCUGCCAGCUGGUGGUGGAGCGCCUGGUGGCGCCGAGCAUGGAGCGCGUGACGGCAGAGUGGGAGCACAUGUCGCGCUGCAUGGUAGCGGGCGUGGCGCUGUACGUGCCUGGGCCCCCGUUCUCGGUGUCUCUGUGCUACCUGCUGGGGGAGCUCCUGGCUCUGCGCGAGCCGGCGGCCCGCCUGCGCGCCGCGCUGUGUCUGGGCGACCGCCUCACGCUUCUCUUCGUGGGUGGCCUGCUGCGCUGGUUGCUGCGCUUCGCGCCGCUGCGCAGGCUCUACAACUGGCUGCUGAGGCUCGCCAUGAAGCGCGCGCGCCACGCGCCGCAGCACUGGCUCAGCGCAGCCGAGGCGCGCCGCUACCCGUACCAGCAGCCGGCCAUCACGCAGCUGUAGUUCGCCGCUCCACCGCUGGCUGGCGCUGGCGCCGGCUCCGCCGCACGACGCCUCGUCGGGAAACGAACACGACUGACCGUGUGCCCGCGCGGAUGUCAGAGGCACGAAGUAGACGUACGGCAUUGUCGGCUGAGACACCCCAAGGGGCAGUUCAGCUGCCUAAUUAAAAAGAUUUUAUUUUGUGAAUGAAUCUUUCACUCUGCAGUGAAGUGUGCUCAGUUUUGAAACUUUGUAGAUUCAAACGGCCAUUUGGAUUGGGACUCGAAUCUGGAAGUUCGUGUUUCACUAGCAAGCAGCAGAUGGGUUCUUUCAGGACAGAUUUCAGGCUGUGAUGGUGGGGAUCGUGAGUAGUGUAUCUAGAUCCAGUUUGCGGAUAAUCAGGAUAUAUGAGAUGACUUUUCUGCAGCAUGGGUGGGUGGGCUGUCCGGAACCCCUACAUUUGAACCGAGAGUGAUGGCACAAAUCAUUUGAAAUGUUUAGCUUAUGUCAUACAACAUUUAUUUUUACGAUUAUUUUAGGCCACAAUUUUUCUACUUUCGGCCUACAGCGUGAAAUAUGUCUUGUAGUGACACGAUUGCGAUAGUGACACUGCUCUACAAAUGGCAUUCGUGAACAUCCUUCAAGAAAUACAUUCACGCGUACAAAAUGAGCGCAAAAUUUACUGAAUGAGCAAACCGACAUCAAACACAAAAAAUAUGCUGAAAACUUUAUUGAUACAAAGCAGGAAGAGAGAUAAAAUAAACAAACCAGAGACACUAAGUAACCCUCCUCCAUAGAAACGGCAUAAACAGUACACAACAAAAAUAUAACAGCAAGAAAACACCACAAAUCAUAGACCAUAACAAAAUUACUACUUAUAAAAUAAAAAUAAAACGUAAAAAUCACCAAAAAAACAAAAGACAUUUCAUGUAAAAAACGUAAUUAGAAUAAACCUAAGGAAAUACUCAAAACAUAACCGAAUUUCUACACAUCACCAACUUCUGGUGCUAACUAUGUAAAUAUCUCUGAUCCAAGUUGUCAGGAGGGAAAAAACGCACAAAAACCUGACUUAUCAUAUAUCUAAAAGUCAGACGUAGAAUUACGCCCACAAAGAACAUACAAGCAACGUGUAAAUACAAAGUGCAACAACAACAGCAUGUGGCAGCAUCGAGAUUACAUGUAAGGUAAAAACACCAGUCAUGUGUAAUACCUCUCAAAACAUAGUUAUAGUUCAUAAUAUUAAGGCUAUCGACUAUUAAAGUAUUUACAGAAUGCAAGACGAUGGCAAUAUGCCGCAAUGAGCUCAUUGUGAUUUACGCAAUAAAAAAAUGUAGAGAGCAAUGUACCUGGCGUAUUUUUAUCGCAAUGGUUUAAUUAUUGUUUAAAUAUUUCUUGUUUAUUUUAUUGCACUAAAUAAAGCCUGCAUCAUUCAACGAUUUAUCACACAAAAUCACAUAUUUUUCUGUGGUUGUUUUCAAUGAUUAACAUAAAUGAACUGUUAGAGAACUGAAUUUCAAAUCCUGAAAAAUUAUACUAUCUCUUAAGCAAGAAAAUUUCCACAUGAAACUAAAUUCCAGGGUUUAAAUUUCCCCCAAAAAAAGGUCUGCAAAACUGAUUAAUUUUAAGUAAUAUUUCCAAGUGUUUUGUUGUAGAAACAGACGGAGCCUCAUCACAACUGUCCUGAAGUUCUCCCCCGGAAUGAUGCUUUUGUUCGAUACAGAACUGUGAUCACUGGCUAUUGUAAAAUCGUCCUCUUUACCGUCUAUUUCUUGAUGUAUAUCACUGACAUCUUCCUCUAUUCACCGAUAAAAAAAUUUCAUCGAACUCAGGAAAGUUGAAAACUGACAUGUUCCUGAGAACACAUUUUGUACUAUGGUACCGUACUGAAGAAAACAGUUAUGUCCUUCACGAAGCAUGGUCUAGCAGAUCCUAACACCUCUCAGUAACACGUGUCGACAACAAAGAACGAAGGUGAUAACGCAACCAACAGCAAAACAUUGCAAGGUUGACAAUUUAAGGAGAAUAGGUGGAGUAUAGCAGCAUUCCGCUAUGACUAAUCUUGAAAAAUUUUCACCCGGUCUAAGAGACCAAACCUUGUUCAGAAAUUGUCUGGGCAGGGACCUAAGCCGCAAGACAAAGAAAGGAGAGAGACCAGCGGAAAAACUUUCGCAGUUCCAGACGUUCUCUCUGCAUUCCGUGCUGAGUGCGGCUUUGUUGUGGCUGUACUGCUCGCCAAAUGUUGCCUAUCUUGUAGUCCGAUAUCUUCGCUCGAUAAAGAACAGAAUUUCUUUUCGUUAUAUGUCACAGUUACUGCACGAAAUUUUAAAGAGUUUCCAGAGGUCUAAAUGCAUUGCUUGAAUUUUGCGCAUGGCUUAUUUUAGCUCAUACAUUGUUAUAUGUGAUCUGUAGAUAAGACAUCGAAAUUUUAUUUAAAUUUUUCAGCAGAACGAUACGGUGUUUCGUUCUCAAGUUAAUGGUUUUUGUAUCCAGCAGACAGUACCGCGCAAUGCGCCCAUUUCCAUCUCUGCGCAUCAGGAAUCGUGUGGUCAUAACAACAGUCAUAUUUCGUAAGCGGUUCAAGAUAUCAAAACGAGGGUUGUUUGGAAAUAGUAGCAUGCAAAGAGACACCUAUGUGUUUUUGAUAAAUACUCUAUACCUUUUUAUUCUAAAAGAUAUGGAAGUAGCUCGUUCGCAGCGGGAAGAUGUUGGCGGAACAGGACGCACAAACAUGACAGUAGCGCCUCAGGAAAACCCAGAGGCCGCAUUUAAACAGGUCCUCGGCAUCUGGGGAGCAGUGGAACAUGACGAGUUAACUCGUCCACACCACUUAAAGGGCUAAUUUUCAGCCAUGACCAAUGUUGGUA